AUGCCGACUCUCCACUUACUUAAUUCGACUUUCUCACAAGCGUCAAUGCUUCACGCUGAUAAAUUCCAGCAUGCAAAUUUCACCAAAAUCCCCUCAUGGGUAUCCCUCAAAUCCAACAAUUUUUCCAUCACUCAUCGCGGCGAGCUCGAAAACGUCCAUUUAGUUUCCCUUUCCAAACAGGAUAAACUCAAAGAAGCCCAUGAUUACCUUCUCCAUAUGCACCGUUUCAAUAUCCCCGUGGCUCCUCAAUCGUAUAAGCUCCUGCUCGAGACAUGUUCCAAGUUGAAGUCCUUAAAAUUUGGAAAGUUAAUCCACCGAGGUUUGACGGAAAACCCUCCUGAUUUUCUUGUCAAUUGUGUUCUCGAAAUGUACUGCGCUUGUGGGAGCCUGUCUGAUGCUCGGAAACUGUUCGAUGAAAUGCCUAAAAGAAGCAUAGGUUCGUGGGUCAUAAUCAUAUCGGCUUACGCAGCUGAAGGGCUGUUGGAGGAUGCUCUAGAGUCGUAUUUGAGAAUGCAAGAAUCCAACUUUAAGCCGAAUCCUUAUAUUUAUAUCUGCCUUUUGAAGUCCUUUUCAGAAUCUUCGUAUUUGGAGAUCGGGAAACAGAUGCAUUGUCGAGUAAUCAAGGCUGGCUUUACCAAUAACGUAGCCAUGAAUGCUGCAGUAUGUAAUAUGUAUGUUAAAUGUGGGCACUUGGAUUGCGCAGAGAGGUUUUUCAGUUUGAUGCAGGAAAAGAAUGUAGUUUCAUAUACGACGAUGAUGGUGGGGUGUGCUCAAGCAAAAAGGCAUGAUGAUGCCUUGAGAUAUUUCAAAAGAAUGGUUGAAGAAGAUGUUGAUUUGGACGAGUUCGCAUUUUCAAUAACUCUAAAGGCUUGUGCAGCACUCGUUGAUCGGAAAAUGGGCGAGCAAGCUCAUGCUUUGAUUUUUAAACUCGGGUUACAAAGCGAGGUCUCCGUGGGCACGCCCCUUGUGGAUUUCUACGUCAAAUGUGAAGACGUUGAAUCCGCUGUUGGAGCAUUUGAAGAGAUAGAUGAACCUAACGAUGUCUCCUGGAGUGCCAUAUUGUGUGGCUAUUCUCAAAUAGGGGAUUUCGAGAAAUGCAUCAAUGUUUUCAAGUCUUUGAGAAGUGAAGGUGGUGUGUUGAAUAGAUUCAUGUACACAAGCGUAUUUCAAGUGUGCUCUGCAUUUGCUGACUUGAGUAUGGGAUCGCAAGCUCAUGGGGAUGCAAUAAAGAGAGGGCUGGUUUCGUAUCUCUACGGAGAGAGCGCCAUGAUCACAAUGUAUGCUAAAUGCGGGAGGUUGGACUACGCGUAUCGAGCAUUCGAAUCCAUGGAUGCACCCGACACGGUGGCGUGGACAGCCAUGAUCGCCGCCUGUGCUCACCACGGAAAGGCUUCGGAGGCCAUCACCCUUUUCAGGGAAAUGCAGGCCUCCGGGGUGAGGAUGAACGGCGUCACCUUCGUGGCCAUCCUCACGGCUUGCAGCCACGCGGGUUUGGUUGAGGAAGCAGAGCAGUUUUUCCGGUCGAUGAGCAGUCCGACGAUCGAUCACUACAACUGUAUGGUGGAUGUAUACUCUCGAGCUGGACUGUUGAAAGAAGCGUUUGAUCUGAUAAAGGGGAUGCCAUUGGAGGCUGACGCCAUGAGCUGGAAGACUUUGCUGGGCGGCUGCCGGAUUCACCAGAACUUGGAGAUUGGGAAAGCUGCUGCUGACGAGCUCCUUGGAGUGGAUCCCCGCGACGCGGCUGCUUACGUCCUGCUGUUCAACAUGCAGGCGUCGAGUGGGAGGUGGGAGGAGGCUGCGGGCGUGAGGAGGGUGAUGGCGGAGAGGAGCGUGCGGAAGGAGAGCGGGUGCAGCUGGAUCAGCGUGGCGGGGGAAGUGCAUCGUUUCGUGGUGGGGGAUGGGCACCAUGCGCGGGCGGAGGAGGUGUACGCGAAGCUGGAGGAGGUGGGAUUCCGGGAGGAAGAAGAAGAGGAGGAAGAAGACGAGGUGGGGAGGGAGAGGAAGAGACAGCAGCUAGUGCACAGCGAGAGGCUUGCCAUUGCGUAUGGCCUCAUAGCGACGCCUCCGGCUUCGCCAAUCGUCGUAUUCAAGAAUCUGCGGGCGUGCAGAGGCUGCCAUGAUUUCGGUAAGCACGUGUCGCUCCUCACGGGGAGGAGCAUUGUGGUUAGAGAUUCCAAUAGAUUCCAUCACUUCACCAAUGGCCAAUGCUCCUGUGGGGAUUACUGGUAACACACACACACUGUUUCUGCCUUUGCUUUUACAUGUUAAUGAGAAACAAGAAUUGGUUUGCAUAUCCAUCACAAUGGCAGCAGCCCCAAAAAUGUGGACAAUAAUGUCCAAGAGUAUGUAAUAGUAUUUCUUCGUGUGCUGGUGCUGCAUCAAACUGCUACUCAUUAUGUUAUCUUUAUUUGUAUGCAUGCACUAAACAAAACAUACUAGUAAUAUAAAAAUAUAUAGAGAUGUUACGGUA